UCCUCCGUGUACAAAGCAUCGUCUUCUCGUUGUUCUCUAGUGUACAAACAAGAGUGCGUGAGAAAAGUGGGAGAGGCUUAAACCUGUUGUGUGGGGUGUGUGGCUUUCGGUUCUGGUCCCUCGAGCGUGAACGAGGGCCAUUCGACAGUUUUCUGAUUCUUGGAUCUCGUUUCUUCCUUCUUCUCUCAUUCUUCGGUCCCCUUUCUUGCCUUUUAUUCACGUUUCUUCACGAUCCACCAACCCACACUUUUCAUUUCAACUCCACGACCCCUCCACGACCUUGCAGACGAUGGAUCAGCAACAGCACCAACAGCAUAUGCCAGAUGAUCACACCCAAAAUCUCGGUGGAACGAAUCCUUACGGGUAUUAUCCUGCCGAGCAAGAAACGUCUUACAUCGCGUACAACCACCAGCAGAUUCAGCAACAGUCUUAUCCAGUCGUACAGCAUCCUGGCCCUCAUCCGCGCCAUCUCUCCGCGCCUGACCUUCAUCAAGGCCUGCAGUUCCAUAAUCUCAGCCUCAUGUCCUCGCAUCAUCAAUAUCCGCCACCUGUUUACACCUCAUCGCCACAACAUGUGUCCAUGACUCUGCCUGCUGGCUCUCCCCCUCCGCCCUCUCCACACAUGUACGAUCCCUUGUCUCCCCCCAUUUCAGGAUCGGACACUUCAGCGGACGGCGUUUACCACCAUUCUAGAAACAGCAGUGGGACAGGCUCCCCAUCAUCCUCGAGAGGUACUAGCCUAGUACAUCGUUCCUCCUUACGCUACAACCCUACCCCUUCCCCCACCACGAGUUCAUCCGGACGACGCGUUCGAGGACGCUCAUUGAACGACUCAGACGACGACGACAUGGGCGCCACAUUUGUAGAGAACCUUGCCCACUCCCGCAAAGAGGCUACCAGGCGGCAGAGGAUCGAAGCUGAGCAGAGGCGUAGAGACGAAUUACGCGACGGUUACGCGAAAUUGAAAGACGUCUUGCCCGUUUCCAACCAGAAGAGCAGCAAGGUAUCGCUGCUCGAGCGAGCCACCAAUCACAUCAUCUACCUCGAGAAAACCACACAGGAGAUGCAGGCCCGUCUGCUUGUGUUGGAACAGGAGGUUCAGCGGUUACGAGCAGUCAACGAAAAGAUCUCGCUUGGCGUUCCCAGCGCCACCCCCUCCCCAGGCUCGGUUGCUGCCGUCACUAACAAUGGCAAUAAUGCCAUGCAUGGCAUUGAUAGUCGACCCCUAUCUCCGCCUCCAGAACCGGGCAUGCCCGCACAUUCCCUCACUCAUGUGCAGGGUCAGGAACCGCCGCGGGAGGACUCACGGAGCCCUGCUGAAGCAUCAGAAAGAUACUGAUCCCAGCUCCGAAAAAUCAUUUUCUCGUUGGACGCUACUGCAUGCUUUCCAUUGUCUUUUUUCCCAACGUUGAUUUUUCUUUUCUUUUCCCAUUUCUUUGUAUCGCAUCUCUUGUUCUUGUCGCGCAAUUUGUAUUUUUUAUUCUUGCUCCAUUCGGCACAACAAUAGGGAGUGGCGAGUUCUGGACUCGCAGGAGGGCUG